CCAGCCCAGGCGCUGAAACUUGAGCCUGCGGUGAGCUCAUCGGCCGGGCCACGGAAUCAGGAGUUAAAUGAUACCAAAAAACCCGAGAAAAUUGAGAGAGAAAGGGGGAGAGGCAGCUGUGGGAAUUGUGCAGGUCUGGAACUGGUUCUGUGUGUCUACUCGCAGAGAGGCUCCUUGGGGGGUUAAGUUACAGCAAACAAAGCGAGGAGACGGAGGAGAAAGAAACUGUUGCUAUUUUUCGAAUUCUCUUUGCUUUUUCACCUCUCCGGUUUUCUUCGAACUCGCCGUACCGCACCGGCGAACUAACGAGCCCCGCCGGUCGCUCCUCCUGUCUGGGAGCAGGGCUGGGAUUUGGGUGUAAUGCCGUGAGGUCGCGCUCCUCACUCUCUCAGCGCCUCUGUUCCUCGCUGACCCUGCCAUGACCACCAAGUGUCUGAAGACGGUCCCUGGAUCCAAAUGUCAGCCCUCCUGGACUAUGCCGAGGUUGGGGACCAGCGUUGUGUGACAGACAGGCGAUUGGAGCCUGUGGUGCCUCUCUGCUGCGUGGGUUCAAACAGUGUCUGGCUGAUCUCUGCAUGGAACAGCGAAUGUAGAGCACUGCUGUGGUUCAACGUCUCGGCAUGGAUGGAUUCAGCAGGAGGACUGCCUGCCUUUAAAAAACACCAUCGCUCUUCAACCAAGGACUGAGGAUUACACUUCCACCCUAUUUUGCUCAUGAAAAUAAGACUGAGUGGACUUUUUCUGGGUCUGAUUUUCAGUGGAUACGUACAACAUUGCCUUUUUUAUAUCCAUUUCCAUUGUUGCUGGUUCAUUGUUUCCUGAUUUCUUUUUUUUCCAUUAUGGAGUUUCUGGCUGGACCUUGGAUUAAAGAUUGCGCUUCAUUUUUGCAGUUUUGGUUGACUAUAAUCUUAAGCCUCCAGAUGCAAUUCUGCACGGGUGCCUCUUGCCCGGAUGUGUGCCGUUGUGACAAAGGAUAUGUGUACUGCAACGAACGCAGCCUGACAUCAGUGCCUCUGGGGAUAGGGGAGGGCCACAAGGUCUUGUACCUACACAACAACCAGAUCAACAAUGCUGGCUUCCCUGCGGAACUUCACAAUCUAGAGUCGGUGGAGACAGUGGUUCUAUACGGCAACCAGCUUGAUGAAUUCCCCAUAAAUGUGCCCAAAAACACUAGAGUGCUGCAUCUACAGGAGAACAACAUCCAAACCAUCUCCAGGGCAGCCCUGGCCCAGCUGACCAAACUGGAGGAGCUCCACCUGGACGAUAACUCCAUAUCCACCGUAGGGGUGGAGGAAGGCGCCUUUAGGGAGGCCACGAGCCUCAAACUCCUCUUCCUCACCAAGAACCACUUAAGCAGUGUGCCCAUUGGCCUACCCGAGGACCUAAAGGAGCUGCGGUUGGACGAGAACCGCAUAGCCGUCAUCGCAGAGGAGGCCUUUCAGAAUGUGACGCGCCUACAGCGCCUCCUGCUGGACGGGAACUUACUGACAGACGAGGGAAUUGCGCCGGGGACAUUCCAGGACCUGUCCACCCUACGGGAACUGACCCUCGCGCGCAAUUCCCUAACCUUUCCUCCUCCCUUGUUACCCAGCCAGUCACUGGUCAAACUCAACUUGCAGGAGAACCAGAUAAACCAGAUCCCUGUGGCAGCCUUUGCUAAAUUGAACAGGCUUGAAAAACUGGAUAUCUCCACUAAUCAGCUUAAGAGUCUUACGCAGGGUGUGUUUGAUGGCCUGUCGAGCCUAAAGUUUCUCAUGGUGCGGAACAAUCCCUGGCACUGUGACUGUGGCGUGAAGUGGGUGGUGGUGUGGCUCAAGUCCUUAUCUUCCUCGAUUAACGCCCGCGGGUUCAUGUGCUCCAGCCCAGAGAAGGUGCGUGGCAUGACAAUCAAGGAGCUUACCCUGGAUAUUAUCGAGUGCCCCAUCCUGCCGGGCAAGCCACCUUGGCCCACGCUCCGCUCCACUCCUCCACCACCACCAACGAUCCCGGCCACUACCAUGAUGUCCACCCUCAUCACCACAUCUGCCCCAUACUACUUUGACUCUCCCUCCCCACCGUUACCUCCAAUCUACAACAACCCUGGCCCCCUUCCUCCAUAUGAGGACCCCCUGCAGAUCUUCUUUCACGUGGUCAACUCUACCAGCAUUGAGGUGAGUUGGGCGUCAUAUUUUACCGUCACGGCCUACAAAGUCACCUGGGUCAAAAGAGGCCAAAGCCAAAUAACUGAAGGGAUUCGUGAGAGGACAGUGAGUGGCGACCAACGGCAUAUCAGCCUUACCAACCUGGAGGCCCGGUCCGUCUAUCGGAUCUGCGUUCAUGUUUUGGACACCAUCAAUUACUACAGGCCAGGAGAGGAUACAAUAUGCUCAGAAGCCAGGACCAAGCAUCCUCCGUCCGCCAAUCCACCCGACAGAGGCCAAGCGCCUCAGGACAGCAUGUACUCCACGCUGCUAAUGGCUGGGAUCAUAGGCGGAGCAGUUCUUAUCAUCCUGGUAACGCUACUUGGCGUGUUCUGCUGGCACUUGCACAGGAAGAGCCGGUCGUCUUCGACCAAGUGGAAAUACAAUCGGGGCAGGAGAAAAGACGACUACUGCGAAGCUGGAACUAAAAAGGAUAACUCUAUACUGGAGAUGACUGAGACCAGCUUCCAGAUAGUGGCUCUGAACAAUGAGCAGCUGCUCAAAGGAGAUUUCCGCAUUCAGCCCAUCUAUGCGCCCAAUGGGGGCAUUGGAUUUAGAGACUGUCACCUUAGUAACAACAGCAUAGCCUACUGCAAGAGCAGCAAUGUGCCCAGUACAGAGUUCUGCCACACAUGAUGCAACCAACCACAAACAAUGGCAUUCAUACACCAUUUGUGUAGACGACAAAAAUAUAAAAAUUCUAGUGAAAUAUAACUGUACUAUAUAUAUUUCCAAGUUCUGUCUAUGAUGUAAUUUAUACAGUGGAUGAUAAUGUGGGAUUCUCUGCUAUCUUUUUUAUUCUUAGUGAAAAAAAAAAUUUUCUUUUUGUUUUUUUUUAUAACCAGCAGGGUUUUGAAAGUUGUUUUAAAAGGUCAGUACUGUACAUGAACAUGGGUUUGUACAAUCACUACACCCUGGUUGAAGCCUCUGCCGACCGUAAAUGAUAGUGACACUUCGGAAGGACCGGGAUCCUUCUUUUGUGUAUUUUUUUUUUAAUUCUCCAAACAAAACCUGUCCUCUCCCCUCUACUUCCACCGCAUGCCAGAGCAGCAACACAGCAGAGAGGAAAUGCAAGCUGAUUAAAGCCCUGUUGACAUAUAGAACCGGUUGUUGUAAAAAAAAAAAAAGAAUCAAAGUGCACUUUCUUAUUAAUGGUAGCCGGGCAGGAAAUGAGCAGGGGUGGUGAUCACUGAACAGCUGUGCUGCGGGAAUGUCAUCAGUGCCGCUGAAAAGCCUGGCCUGAGAUUUCCCAAAAGGGCCAUAAAAAUUGAAAGCAUCUUUGUUCUAAUAAUUUACAAAGGUGGUUUUACUCAAGGGGUACUUUUGGAAAUCUAAGAAAUAAGGGGAUAUUUGGUUUCAGUAUUUUUUUUAAUUUCACGUGGGCUAUAAAUGAUAAAAGGAAGAUUUUUUUUUUCUUUCUUGGAGGUGAACUGGAAUGCUGAGGCGUGCUAACUACAGAUUUUUUGCUGUUCUGUUCUUGCUCUGGCCACAAGAGGGCAGCUUUUCCCUCACUGAAAGGGCAGAGGGAUCCUCUUUACACUGCUCAUCCUUAAUGACGUGGAAGUGUUUAAAAACUAAUAGUACUUUCAGUCUUGGACGGCUAAAAUGAUGAGUCUUUUUUUUUUUUUUGUCUGCUGCGGGAUGAUUUCUGUCUGUGGUGAGUUUCGGAGUCGGCUCACACAUAAUGCUAAUUACACACCCACAUAUCUCCGCGUUUGCCUGGCAUUCAUUACACUUAAUGAUAAAUUAGGGAAAUUACAAUGAGUUCACACCCAGCCCAUGAUCAUACACAGUGCCAUGACUGAGCUCAUCCAAAUGCUUGUCAUUUUGUGCAUGAGAUACCCCCUCCACCCGGUUUUUCAUUGAGGUUUUGCUCAUCUUGAACAAUGCACCUGCUUGUGUCUUCACAGCAAAAGCAAAAAAGGCAAAAAGGUUUGGUUUUACCCCUCUUUUCUGUGCGGCUGCACAUUCUGAUCCCCGCAUGGGCUCAAUUAAAGCGGUCUCCCCACCGCUUUCACGUGGAAGAGGUCUUCAUUUAUGCACUCCUUUUGUUUUUUUUUUAUUCUACAAGAUUUUAUUUGAAGGGGCUCAAUUUAAAAACGUCCCUCCCCCCAUCCUCCUCCUUUUAUAAUCCUCAACCAAAAAUAAAAAAAAAGAUGCUUAAAAACAUGUAGAUUUUAUUUCCACUUGGCUGCAUGAAGCUCACACUGGAAGAGAGUUGUUAGCUCUGAAGCACACAGAUUCAGCUGUUGGAACAUACUGUACAAAACCAGGCGUAACAGUCAAAGUAACGUUCAAGGGCUUGUAUUCCAAUUUUUAUUUUUUUUUCCCAGAGACUAUUGCUGAGAGGAUUUGUCCUCAAAAGUAGCUGCAUUCACUGUAAAUCCAGCAAUAGUUUAGAUCCCACAACAUUUGAAAGUUCCCAAUCAGAGUGUUUGAAAUGUUCUGUGAUAAAAUGGGUUACAUUUUCUGUUUGUUUCCAUCACAUUAAAUCAAAAACUGUUAUCUUUUAUUUGGCUUUCAUUAGACAUUUGUGAAGAUUAUUGAUAUUAUUUUAUUUUCAAAGUGUUUGUGAAAAAUUCAAAAGAAGGAAGUUCCUGCAAGUCAAAGUGAUAGAUGUCACUCUAGAGUUGCUAAAAACAAAGAUAGCUUUGUAAAUUUAAAUUAGCCUAGCACAACUUUGAGGUUGUAAGCAUUCAAAUUUAUCGCCAUUAUGUUGGCGAAAUAGAACUAAAUUGAUGACUUAAAUUUUUACAAGAACCGGUGUUAAGAUUUUAAAACCAUAAUUUGACAGAAAUACAUCCACUGUUACCUUGCUAGUUUUUAAGAUGAGCUAACCAGCUUAAAACGUUAGCAACAAGAAACUUAAAAAAAAUAUAUAUAUAUAUAUUUUUUUUUUUAAACUUGUAUUUUGUUAGGUUCGUUUCAGAGUAAAACACUAUGUAAUUUCAAGCCUGACUGGAAAUACUGAAAACUUGACAGUUUCAUUUUUUGAUUGGCUAGUUUCCGUCUUUUUGAUAGAGGUCACUCUAAAGAUGCAAAAAACAAAAUUAGGUUUGUAAAAUUUAGGUUGGCCCAGCACAGCUUUGAUGCUGUCAACAUUCAAACUUAAUGUUGUUCUGUUGACUUUAAUAUUUACUAGAUCCGGUAUUAGGAUUGUGCUACCAUAAUUUGACAGAAAUACAUCUGUUAUUACCUUGCUAGUUUUUAAUAUGAGCUAAUUAGCUUAAUACGGUAUCAAAACAAGAUUUUUUUCUUCUUUUUGGGAGAAAUUUGUAUUUUGUUAGGUUCCUUUGAGACUAAAACACAAUAUAAUUUCAAGCCUGACUAGAAAUACGAAAAACUUGUGACAUUUUCAUUUUUUGAUUGGUUAUUUCCCCCCUUUUUUUGAGAGCUCACUCUAGACAAAACAAUUUAGUUUAACCCAGCACAGCUUUAUGGCUGUCAAAUUUAAUGUCAUUCUGAUGACUCAAAUAUUUAGUAGAUCUGGUAUCAACAUUGUGCUAGCAUAAUAUGACCCAAAUACAUCUGCUGUUACCUUUCUAAUUUAGAAAAAACCUCCACCUAGCUUAAAACGUUAGCAGUAUGACACAAGAUUGGGAUUGUUUUACCUUUUUUAGUAAAACCUUUUAUUUCAUGAGAUUCCUGUAAAAGUAAACAGUACACAGUUUCAAGCUUGACGACAAAUAUUGAACAAUUGUGACAUUUUUUUGAAAGGGUAUUUUCAUUUUUUUAAGGAUCUUACCUGUAAACACACAUCAGGCUGCUAUGAUCUUUUAAGACCUCAAUUUGGCCAUGGUUAAAUUAGCCACACCGGACCAUAUUGUUGUUUUAUCUUAGAGAGAAAAGCCCAAAAGAUUUUUGAUGGGUUAUUACAUUUUUGGGAAAAAAAAUGUGUAUCUUUGUAAAAUUUAGGUUAGCCCAACACAACUUUGAGGCUGUCAGCAUUCAAAUUUAUUGUGAUUUUGUUGACUUUUUAUUAUUUACUGGAUCUGGUAAUGAAAUUUCACUAGCAUAAUUUGACAGAAAUACAUCUACUAUUACCUUGCUAAUUUUUAAGACGUGCUAAUUAGCUUAAGACGUUAGCAGUGCUGCAGAAGGUAAGCACUGGGUUCUUAAGAAAGUUAAACACUAUAUGGUUUGAAGCUAACGGCAAAUACCAAAAACUUGUGACAUUAUUAUUUUUGAUGAGUUACUUCCUAAUUGUUUUUGUUUGAUCCUUUAAGACCUCUAAUUGGCGAUGGUUAAAUUAUCCACAAAUGGACCGUGAUGAAGUUUUGAGAGACAAAACCCCUGCAACAAGUAGUAUCUGUGAAUGUGCAACAGAUUCAGAUACUUGCCUUAUCCUUCACGCAGGUUUGAAUGAUUAACCAGGGAGGGCUAAGUGGGUGGCAUAAAAAGAGGAAAAAACAAUGUUGAAUGAAAGCACAUUUUAUUGAACAGUCUGCAGCAACAGCAGCCAAAAACAUGAAGCAUGACACAGCAGCCAGCUAGACCCCCUUAGCGUCAAAGACUAAGCAGUGCAUGGACAACAAGGAGCUAUCCUUACUUUUGGAGUGUAUUUGUUUUAAAAAGAAUGUCACUGAAGUUCUGUGAACACUAAAGAGGCUGCAUGAUUCAGUUAAAAGGUUUUAAGGUGCAGGAAGGCGAAUUGGUUUAACUUGUUUUUUUAAAGUCCCUUUAAUUUCUGAUUUGUUUCAUCCAUUUAUGUUAUUUUUUUAAUUUCCACGUUCUAAUUUCAUUUGAAUCACUGACAUUAGGAUUUGGAUUUUUUUUUUUUUUUGUUACGCAGCAUUAAAAAAAGCAGACACAUGCACAACUUUUUGAAGACGUUUAUUAGAAAUUUACAGGUCACGUGGCGCUGUCAGGUUAGUAAUACUGGCUUCUCACUGUAUGGACUCUGCAGUAUUACAUCGGUCAUUGAAAAUCGACACCUUUUCUUAGGAACCAAAGUUACCAUUUCUGUUUUUCAUGAUGAAAUAUUGAUGUUUCAUGUAUGUGCCUUGAGGUUGAACUUACAAUGUAAAGUCCUUGAAACCUUUAAAUGUUUUUGCACAAACUGUAAAUACUUAAAUGAAGCUUUUUCAAAAUAAAAGCCAUUGGGUUUGAGUGAUCACUCUUUUUCAUUGUUGACACGGGAAGUGAUCCAACAAUUUCUAUCUUUGCGGGAACUUCGGGAGUUUAUGGUCAUUUAUAUUCUUGGUCUAAAGUUUUUUCAUUUGACUUUGACAUUAGAUGGUUGUGACUUGUGAGUGAGGCAAGAGUUUUAGACUGCCGUUUUGGGAGACAACCACAAUGCUUCUGGAAUAAUUCACUAAGUCUAUUCAAGUGAAAUUUGCAUCCAAGUGUAUGAGUCUUUAUUUAUCUGUUAAAAUUCACAUAUACGUAAGUUUCUUCAGAGUACAAACAACACCACCUGCCAAACUAUGCAAAAAAAUGUGACUUAUACUUCAAAAAAAUACAGUAACCACAGAUGAAGAACCUUGAGAAUGUUCAGAAAAAAGUACCUCAAAAGCCACAAAUGUCAAAAUGUGAAGUGGAGAUGCAGAAGUGAAGGGUGUAAAAAUGACUUGAAUUGUUUGACGCCAUUUUCUUCUCACUUAGGGGAAUGGUUCUUCAUAAAGUGUCUUGAUUUAACUUUUAAUUUGGGAAAUUUGUCAUGAAUCAAGGACAUUACAACUGGAAAUCUUUGGUGUUCUAGAUCCACCGACUUGUGAGUCAGUCCAGACCUGGAAUCCUCUGAACCAGGUGAAAAUCAACAGAAGCUGAAGGUGAAAUAUUGUAAAACAAGCAUGUGAAGAACCGAUAUUGGGUAGACUUCGUUUAAGCUGUAAAAAAUGUUAAAACAGAGGGAAAAAAAUGGUUUCAAGGUCUAAAUUUUAGACCUUAAACCUUAGCCAGCUUUUACUUAUACGAGUGAAAGUGCUUGAUUCUUCUCCUUUUGGGGUUUCGCU